ACAGCCUCCCAGCACUCAAUCGUUUCGCUCCUCACUCCUCAUUAGGCUGCUCCGGAUGAGGCAACCCCGUUGCACGGGACACAGGCUCUCUCUGCCCAUUAAUUGGCCGGGAGAGAAGCUUUAGCCAUUGUCAAGUGGCACUUAAGCUGCCAAUUCCGGCCUUUCCUGGGCAGUGAGCUGGGAGGCCAGCGCGCUGAGUUCGGCAGCGCAGUGAUUGGUGACUCGGGAGCGGAGCCGAGCGCGGCUGCAGCCCCGGGGAUUGGGCGGGCUCUGGGCUCCCAACGAGACCUCCUGAGCCAAUGGCAAGCAUUUCCUAUUGAGACCCCCAAGUGCUCCCCGGCCCCUCGGCUUCUUCCCCAGACAUUGGGCCCUUUCUUGUGUCCUGUUUGCCAAAGGCACGCCGGCUCUGGCAUUCCGGAGCCUCGGUGCCUAAACAAAGGCUGGGCGAGCAAUGGCCCCCGCCCCCGCCUGCCCGCUCCGAGGAUGAGCGCUCGGCAGUGAGAAGCUGGGAGCGACCCAGCUGGGGCUGCUUUGGUUCGUGGCUUUGCGCCGGAGGACAUGGAGAAAGGCACGCACUUUGAAAGAGCCUGCCGUAGUCGCGGGGCACCUAGAGCUUGCUAGCUCCCCUUGCUAGCUAGCUGUCUACAGCCAGGAACGUACUUUCUUAGCUAGCACACACUCACUCGCGAUUCUUUAGAGCCAAGAACUGUUAGAAUCUUCAGCCAAGGCCUGAGUGCCAAUACAGCCCCAGCUAUUGAAGUGAACAGGUUUGGAGAACCUGCCCGAACACCCUUCGCUUCUGCAGCAAACAACUCAGAGGGUCCCCACGUCUUACUGGAUCCCUACGGAGAAAAAUAUCUUUCUGCAAUAUUCAGGUCCCAGAGAAGUUACCUUUUUGCCAGGCAGGUGGUUCAAGCAGCACUUGACCUCCUCAGCUCCCCCCAAGGCUUCCUGACCAGUGUAUGGACACCACAGAAUUCCACUGCAGCAGCUUCCAGAAGCCCAGCCUGAAAUUGGAAUGGGAAACUCCAGCACCAACCAAACAUGCUUCACUGAUGACUCUUUUAAGUACAAUCUGAAUGGCGCAGUUUACAGCGUCGUGUUCAUCCUUGGUCUCAUAACAAAUUGUGCGUCCCUCUUUGUUUUCUGCUGUCGGAUGAAAAUGAGGAGUGAGACUGCCAUUUUCAUCACCAACCUGGCCCUCUCUGAUCUGCUCUUUGUUUUUACCUUGCCAUUUAAGAUUUUUUAUAACUUCAACAGACACUGGCCUUUUGGUGAUACCCUCUGCAAGAUUUCUGGGACUGCUUUUCUCACCAAUAUCUAUGGAAGCAUGCUCUUCCUCACUUGUAUCAGUGUUGACAGAUUCCUUGCUAUUGUCUAUCCCUUCCGCUCUCGUACUAUCCGAACAAGAAGAAACUCUGCUAUCGUCUGUGCAGGAGUGUGGAUACUGGUCCUCAGUGGUGGGAUAUCUGCCUCUUUGUUCUCCACAACCAAUGUCUCCAACUCCACAACCACCUGCUUUGAGGGGUUUUCCAAGCGUAUCUGGAAGACCUAUUUGUCCAAGAUUACGAUAUUCAUUGAAGUGGUAGGCUUCAUCAUUCCUUUGCUCCUGAAUCUCACAUGCUCUUCCUUGGUACUGAGAACCCUCCGAAAACCUGCAACACUCUCCCAGAUUGGAACCAACAAAGAAAAAGUGUUGAAGAUGAUCAUUGUGCAUGUGGCCAUUUUCAUCGUCUGUUUUGUGCCAUACAACUCUAUUCUCUUCCUGUAUGCUCUGGUCCGCUCCCAAGCCAUAACCAACUGCUCCUUGGAGAGGUUUGCCAAAACGAUGUACCCCAUUACACUGUGCAUUGCAACACUCAAUUGCUGCUUUGACCCAUUCAUCUAUUAUUUCACAUUGGAGUCCUUUCAGAAGUCUCUCUAUAUUAACACCCAGAUCAAAAUGGAGUCACUUUUCAAGACUGAAACACCACUGACAGCAAAGACUUCUCUUCCAGCAAUCCAGGAGGAACUCAGUGAGCAGGCGAUGACUAAUGGGGGAGAACUCAUGUUGGAAUCCAACCUCUAACUAUGCUACAGUUCUUGCAUUCAUUCCAUGUCAUACAACAGCUUCCUAAUGUUAAGAUCCUGAGCAACAGCUUUGAGUCUAAUAUCACAGAAACUAGUGACGCUGCCUGCCUCAAGGGGGACCCGGAUUCUUGGAGUAACUCACACCAAGUUUUCCAAUACCUAGAGGUCUGAUGCCAUUAUAACAUCCAGAGGGAGUCCCAGAUUUUUUGCUCUCCUCAAGUUUUACUAUGUGAAAUGAAUGAGUAGGGGAAAUCUUUGUUAUCUAGCGAUUUUCAUUCAAAUGGUAAGUGGAACAACACAAUUGGACUUGGAAUCACAGAAUCGAGUCAGGAAAUGGAAAAUCAAGCCUAUCAUCUUACUACUCAUAGCUACAUGCUAGUUUUUCCCCUUUCUCUACAAAGGCUAGUGGUUUCUAUAUUAAUUUUGAAUGGCUGUUUUUUGGAGAUCAAAUCAGCAGUUUUCAUCAAUCUUUAAACUGACUCUAAGAAUACAUUUUUAAGUUUUAUUUUCAUUGAAAUAUUUGAAUGGGAACACAGAUUCAAUUCAAUAACAAUUAAGUACCUACUACAUGCAAGGCACAGACCAACUAAGUUUGGCUUGUAUGUCUCUGUGUGUGUAUAUGUGAAAACAAAAAAGGUCGUGUUUGUGUAAGAGCAGGAAAGAAGAGUUAUUGAAGUAACUGACUCUUCUGAUCAGAAUACUUGCAAUAUAAACCAUAGUACAUGCCGGUGUAUUCAAGUGCAUGCUUAUUUUACCUUUAUAUUUGUGUACUUUUCUUACUAGCAACAUUCAGAUUGAAAAC